GAGACCGCAGCCGCCCGGCGAGAUCCGAACUCACUGCGACGCAGCUGGGAAGUCCGAAAGCGCGUCGAGGAAUAUCAGGAGGUCUUGAGGAAGCUGCGUCGCUUAACACAGGAGGCGGGAGAGAUGUCAUCGGACAAGCUGGAAAAGCUUUUGGUCAGUUCGGAGGAUGCGACAGCCUAUACGCAGUUCAGCAUCAGUUUUGUAAGCUUGGCGGUAGUCGAGCUGUGCGAAGUUAUGGUGCCCUUGAUCUACCUGUGCUUGACGUUCAUGCUCGCGAGCGGUGUGCUGGGAGAGAACUCGCAAUACUUUGCCCUCUUUGCCGGUGACGAAGAUGCUGCUUUCCGAAAUGGGACUAUUGGUAACCUCUUGGCAAUAGCAGUUGAAGCUUCCGUGCUGGUGAUGUUGGAGAUUGCCACUAGGUUUUGGGCUGGCUUGAGCAUCCUGAAGCAUUCAAGAUGGAUUUCGCUUUCUGGUUCCUGA